GCGCGUGCCCGUGUACGUGUGCGCGCCCGGGGCCGGGCCGGGCCGUGCUCCCGCCCCGCCGCUCCCGCCCGCCGGGCUUUUCCCGGCCCUUUCUGGGCCGCCUCCAACUUCCCGGCCCGGGAGCGGCCGGGCGGGCGGCACCGGCGCUGCGGGGCGGCGGCGCUGCGGCGGCGGCGGCGCUCGGGGGCUCCGGAGCCCCGGGGCUGCGGGCGGCCCCCCCUUCCCUCCCCCGCGGCGCGGCCGGGGCCGAUGGCGGAUGGCGGCGGGCGCGGGCCCCCCCGGCGGCGGCGGCAGCGGGGCCCCCCCGGCGGGUAGCGGCGCGGCGCUGCCGGCAGAGGCCCGGCCCGGAGCCCGGCGGAGCGCGAGGCGCACGACGGAGAGCAGCUCGCCAUGGCUGACCAGAGCAACAUCCAGUCGGCCGCCUCGAAGAGCAUCCGCCCGUUCCGCUCCAGCGAGGAGUACCUCUACGCCAUGAAGGAGGACCUCGCCGAGUGGUUCAACACCCUCUACGACUUGGACAUCCAGGUCGACAACUUCAUGGAGACCCUGGAGACAGGCUAUGACCUCUGCCAACACGCCAACAACGUCAACCGCAUCGCUCUGGAGUUCCAGCAGCAGCACCCGGAGGCUGCGGCCCGCAUGCGCAUCCCCCAGAACGAGGUCGUCUUCCAGGCCAAGAACGUGGUGCCUGGCUCCUUCAUCGCCAGGGACAAUGUCUCCAAUUUCAUCCAGUGGUGCCGGCAGGACCUUGGCAUCCAGGAUGUCCUGAUGUUUGAAACCAAUGACUUGGUGCUGAAGAAAAAUGAGAAGAACUUUGUCCUGUGCUUGCUGGAGGUGGCCAGGAGGGGCUCUAAGUUUGGGAUGCUUGCCCCCAUGCUGAUCCAGAUGGAAGAGGAGAUCGAGGAGGAGAUGAGGGACCAAAUCGCCUAUGGGGUCCUGGACAUGCAACGGGAGAACCACAACCUGGACCCUGAGUCUCCGGUCUACCCCAGCAGGGCACAGCGCAUCUCCUUGUGCGACCUGAAGAACCUGGAUGAGCUGGUGCGGGAGAUCCUGGGCUGCUGCACCUGCCCGUCCCAGUUCCCCAUGGUCAAAGUCUCCGAGGGUAAAUACAAAGUGGGAGACUCCAACGCGCUCAUCUUUGUUCGAGUGCUGCGGAGCCACGUGAUGGUGCGGGUCGGCGGCGGCUGGGACACGCUGGAGCACUACCUGGACAAGCACGACCCGUGCCGCUGCGCCUCGCUCACGCACCGCCUGGCCCCGCCGCGCGCCCCCGGCUUCUCGCCGCAGAAGGGGCCCGCGGGUGGCAGCGCCCCACCAGCACCCAGCCCUGGCAUUCCCCGCCGUGGGCCCCACCCAGGCAGCCGGCCCCCGGGCGCCACAGAGCGGGGCCCCCCGCCACCCAAGGGGGCCGGGCCCGCGGGCACCCCAAAGCCGGGCCCCAACGCCGAGCCGCGGCCCACCGGGGCGCACAGGCCCCGCGACCCGGCGCCCCCCCGGGCCAGGCGCUGCUCGGGCGACAGCGACUCGUCGGCGUCGUCGGCGCAGAGCAGCGCCGCGGGCGCGCGGGAGCCGGGGCCGCCGCGGCGGCGGGAGCCGGGCCGCGCCGGGGCCGCGCCGGGGCCGCGCCGGCAGCCGCCCAGCCGCAGCCAGUCGCGGGACCGCGCCGCCCCGCCGGGCCCCGGCGCCGCCCGCCGCGCCGAGCCGCGCUCCCGCAGCCAGGGCCGCCCCGGCGCCGCCGAGCCGCUGCUGCUCAUCCGCCGCGGCCGCGACGGGCAGCACUCGUGGGCGCGGGCCGCCGGCUCCGGGGGCUCCAGCGGCAGCCGCGCCGCCAGCCCGGCCCGGCGCGGGGCCGCCGCGCCCCGCAGCCCCGCGCCGCGCCGCGCCUCGCUGCCCGCCGAGCGCGGGGGGCCGCCGCCGACGCGACGCGCCGCCGCCGUCCCGGCCCGGCCGCCGCCGCCGCCCGAGGCGCUGCAGCAGGAGCUGGAGGAGCUGGCGCGGCGCCUGCGGGCCCCGCUCUGCCUGGAGCCCGGCCAGGAGCAGCAGCUCUUCCGGCGCCUCGAGGAGGAGUUCUGGGCCAACACGCAGCAGCUGGAGCUCGACGGCGACGCCGGCGACCCCCCGGCGGCCCCGCGCCCCGCCGCCCCCGACCCGGCGCCCGCCGACUCGGCCUACUGCUCCUCCAGCUCCUCCUCGUCCUCCCUCAGCUUCUUCGGCAAGCACGGCCCCCUGCCACCGGGCCCCGAGCCCCCCGACGGCGCCGCCCGGGCCGCCCGCCGGCAGCCCCUCUCCAGCUCCUCGGACGAGAGCGGCUACUGCCCGGGCCUGAGCGACGCGCCGGACGGGCCCGAGCGCCUCGACGCCGCCUGGGCCGCCGAGCCCGCGGACGCCGAGCCGACGGAGACGGGGGAGGCCGGCGCGGCGGACGCCUCCCCGGGGUGGGCGGGCGGCCCCGGCCCCCCCGAGCGAGUGCCUUCGCCCUGCCGCCUGCCGCUGCGCCCCAGGGCCAAGCCGCGGCUGGACACGCAGCCCGACAAGCCGCCCUCCCGCAUCCCCACGCCGCGGAGCGCCAAGGCGGCGGCACGGCCCCCCGCCGACGGCCUCUCGCCCCGGGGCGGCCGCCCCGCGGACCACAAGCCCUGGCGGGCCUUGCACAGCGUCCUCGCCUCCUUCCUGGAGCCCGCCUGGGGCCCCCGCGAGCCCCCCGCGGCUGACGGGGACGCCUGGCCCUGAGCCGUGAUGCCCCACGCUGGGAGGUGCCAGGCAAGAUGCGGGAGCAGCCCGGAGCCUCCCGUCCCAUCGCUGCCCCCGCGGAGCGAGGGGUGCUGGGGCCACCGAGGCGCUGCCAUCCAAGGAGAUUGUCCCCAUGGGGGGAUGAAGGCUGGAGGCUCCAACUGCUGGGGCGGAUGGCCAUGGCAGGAGGUCAGGCUCCUCCACCACCACGGUUGGGAGUUGUGGUGGGCCCUCGGCACGUUCGGGGCGCCGGGUGCACACCCGGUGCGGUGGGGCCCGGCUGUGGAGCGGGGAUGCGUGGGCCAUGUGAAGGAGCCCCUGUCCCCAGCCAUGCAUAAAGGUCCCUGGGGCCACGGGUGCCUGGACGCAACCUAGUCCCCACCAGGCACGUUGCCAGGUGGUGGUGGGCAUCUGCAGCCCCAGGAGCAGGGCAGGGAGAGCAACUUGCUCUCUUCCUGUCUUCUCUCGCUUCUCAACUCAACUCCACUUUUCUCAAUGGCUUGCUCGUCUCAACUUCUCUUUUCUCAAGUUCUCAUCUCUUUUUAACUUCUCUUAACGUCUCAACCUCUCUCGCCUUUCUCUUUUCUUUCUCUUCUUUUCUCUUGUUUCUCUCCUUGUUUCUCCUCAACAUUUCAACUCUACUUUUCUCAAUUUCUUUCUCUUCUCAACUUUUCUCAAUUUCUUUCUCUCCUCUUUUCGCUUCUUUUCUCUUCUCCUUUCACCUUCUCCUUCUCUUUCUCUUCUCUAGAUGACUCGGGGACGUACAGCUCGUUGUCGUGCUCUUUAUUUCGGGCAUGGGGGUCGCUUGUUCCUCUCCAGCCCCCAGUAACUCCAGCCCCUCGCACUAACCCCGGCCAGCCGUACCUGUGUCCGUAGCGUGCGUAUUUAUGUAUCUAUCUAACAGAGGCGUGGCUGUGCGUAGAGACCCCGCGCGGGCAGCUGCGGCUGCUGAACCACCCCGCGAGUUUCCCCAAGGCAGCCAGUAAAAGCGACUGACCCUGAA